AGAGUGACGACUAUUGAGCAGUUCAUUACUGAUUGACAGCUUUGAGCAGUUCUCUACCGUUAAACAACCUACCGGCUUGACCAGCUACCCAUCUACCUACUCAUCUACCUUCUUCACUAGCUACCUAUCUACCUUCACCACCUUCUCAUCUACCUUCUUCACUAGCUACCCAUCUACCUUCACCACCUUCUCAUCUACCUUCUUCACUAGCUACCCAUCUAGCUUCUUCACCAGCUACCCAUUUAACUUCACCGGCUACUCAUCUACCUUCAACACCCAGCUUUAUCUCGUGAGCAGUUACAAUGCCACGUGGUAAAUCGUCCCGCCGUUCCCAGGCUGCAAAGCUACGCGUGGCUGGGACACGUGUGGGACAUCAGCAGCCUGGCAAUGCCAGUUUCGCACCCGCUGGCGGUACGGGUAACCGCCAUAGAGUGCAGAAAUGGCCAAUUUCGUCCCUGACAGGACGACAACACAAGAUGGUCAUACCAGCGGAGUCUCCAGACAAGGAAUUUGUCCUCCUUGUUGGAGCUUCACAUCUCCGUUCCAUCGUCGAUGGAAUUGUGAAGAUGCCAGAGGGAAGGUUUUCCUUUGGUGCCAUGUCCACACCGGGGGCAUGCGCAACCCAGCUGCGAACCGAGGCAGCCAAUGCUGUGCUGCCUAGGACACCAGAUGCAGUCUGUGUGAUGGCUCCGAGCAACAACCUAACAUCCAGUAGGACCAUCACCGAAGCAGGAGAGGACUUUGCGGAGCUCCUCGCCACUGCCCGCAGUCGCUGGCCCAACGUUUUUGCCAUGGACUUCCCCCCGCGCCUUACCGUUGACCCUGACUACCAAGACAUGAUGCGUCAGGAAUUUCGUCGUGUUGCGGCACGUAUGGGCGUGAAGUACACACCGCUUGCUGAGUACUUCCCUUUCAAAGAACUUGACCUGUGGAGCAGAGAUGGCGUGCACUUGAGUGACAGUGCGGGAAUGCCAAUCCUGGUCGGUUCUAUCUGGAACGCAACAUACAUGCAACUUGUUCCAGCCGAGCCGAAGCCAUCUCCUGUUGUCCACAGAAGAUCACCGCCUGCGAGGAGAGUCACUCCAAGGGUGAUUGUCAAAGGAGAGGUUGCUAAAUCACCGCAACUGGAUCCUUCCAAGUGGACCGUUUUCGGCCAGGGCAGGAAGAGGAGCCAACACGAUGAACCUGAGCAGUCCAUUGAUGCACUUAAAGAAGCAGGGACUGUUCAGCAGGAGGAAGUGGAGGAGAGUUAUCUUCCACUGACACCUGUGUGGUUUAGCAGUGCAAUGUUGGUUGAGAUGGACAAGAUUAGUCCAUCCCAUCUUCCUGGCCCUGAUGAGUGCACACCACCGGUUCCAACACCACAAAAGAAAGCAAAGUUGGAGCUGAAGCAGAGGGCUCCUGCCUCCAAGAAAACCCUGGCAAAGCGACAGGGGGAGGCAGCUCCCAUUGUUGUGGAGGUGAUUUUACGGCCACCUACCAGUAGAGGGACAGUUGCUGUGGAGCAGCAGGAGGAGCCAUUGCCGGGGUUGGAGCCAUUGCCAGGAGUGGAGCCAUUUCCAGGGGUGGAGCCAUUUCCAGGAGUGGAGCCAUUUCCAGGAGUGGAGCCAUUGCCCCGCGCAGAGCCAUCACUGAGCGUGGAGCCAUCAUCCAGCAAGGAGCCAUCAUCCAGCAAGGAGCCAUCAUCCAGCAAGGAGCCAUCAUCCAGCAAGGAGCCAUCAUCCAGCAAGGAGCCAUCAUCCAGCAAGGAGCCAUCACCCAGCGUGAUAGUGGAUGUUGAUGAGGACAACGGAUGCAGAACAGGUAAGGGCUAUGCUUGCAUGUGUUCAGAAAAAGUGCAGCUGGCUGUUGUCGCAGGGACUGUUGUGAGGUAUGCAUCCGUUUCUGACGAUAAAAUAUCUGUUGCAUGUUCUAUAGCGGCUGCGAUCAAACAUUUGAUUGCGCCUGUGUGUUCGUGGAGCAGUACAGAUAUCGAUGCCAUACGUGUUGCAGGGUCAAAGCUUAACUCGUUUGUAUUAGGGGAAGCCCAUAAAAUGAAUGUAAAGCCAAAGAACUUGUGCAGGUUGGUUGAGCAGACCAGUGUGUUUGGACGUAAGUGGAACGUCAAUAUGGGUCUGCCAGUGUACGGCGAAUUUAAUUUGUCUGAAGGGGAACAGGUAUUGUCGGAGAAGCUGCUUGAACACUUAUCCAGGGAUGGCAUGUGUCUGUUUAGCCUAAAUUCCGCAGCCAGUGUCAUUAUUCAACACAAUGACUGUAUUGUGGUCGUUGAUUGUGGCACACGUGCUGCGUCUGGGUUAGCAUCCAGUUAUGGCACAUCUGUAGCCGUGUUCAACACAUGCCUUAAUGACCUGAUGUUUUACAUCAGGAAUCUCAAUAAUUCAUUGAAUGCACAGAAGUUUAGCAUUACAAGACUUUCUGUGAAAGCAGCUGAAGUUAAUUCGGAGACGGCUAGAGUCAUUGAUGGGGAUAUGGGGUGUGUCAGGGGAACAUUCAGUCAGGGUGAUCAACGCUUUAAAUAUGCAGGACUUCAGUGCAUGGCUGUCAGUUUGGUAGGCAUAGCCAAACACAACAUUGACAGUGUGUUUACAUGGCAGACCGACAACCUGGAUAAAGUUGUUGUACUUGGUGACAAUCUGUACACCUCCCUGCGUGACCAACAAGGUAUCAGUGGAGGAUACAGUUUACUUUCGGUUCCAGAUCUGCCCAAGGAGACCAUUAUCGACGGACAAAGAUUUCUGUUUCAAUACAGUGACUUUGUGUCUGGAGAUGUGGAUGUGGUUGAGGGUGAUCUCAUUGAUAAGGGUGUGCAAACCACUUUAAAAUACGCACUGGAAAGCAUGUGUAGUAAAUAUGACACAUGCUUUCUGACAAUGAAUGGCGCUACAUGUGCCAUCAUUGGUCAAGGUGGACACUACGCAGUGGUCGACUCCCAUGCACGCAGUGCGUCUGGGAUGAGCGAUGGCGAGGGGCGUAGUGUUGUUCUGUAUUUCAGAGGCCUUGAACACGUGUUUGAAUACAUAUGGACAUUUGCAGCGUUCCUCAAGAAGUCUCAAAAACAGUUUGAGAUCGCUGGUGUCCGAGUCACUCACAUAGGCCCAAUUGAAAGCAGUAAUCUGUCUUUGGGUCCAAGAGUGACUCCCAAAACGACAGAGACUGAUUUGGGUUGUAGUUCAGCUAUUCAGUCCACCAACAUUCAGAUGGGUGCAAAGCGUAACAUUCCAAAGGGAUCUUCUGAGUCUCAAAAACUGUUUGAGAUCGCUGGUGUUGGAGUCACUCAAAUAGGCCCAAUUGAAAGCAGUAAUCUGUCUUUGGGUCCAAGAGUGACUCCCAAAACGACAGAGACUGAUUUGGGUUGUAGUUCAACUAUUCAGUCCACACUUGGCUGCACCAACAUUCAGAUGGGUGCAAAGCGUAAGAUUC